AACACAGAGUAAACACAGAGUGCCCUGUGCACAUUUAGGGUUAACUGUCUUGCUCAAGGACAGAUCAACAAUCACCUGCUGGCUUGUGGAAUCAUUCAAUCUUUUUAACCGACCUGAAUGAUGAAAAAACAUCUGUAUUCUUCGCUUGCUAUGAUUUACAACAGAGCUGUUCCACCAUUUUUUUUAAUAGAGGGUUCAGCUUGAUAUUUGACGCAACACUCAAUAGAGAUAACAGCGCACGUGUGUGCUUCGUCUGCCCAGCCUAUAUUCCGCAUGAUUUAGUGCUUUCUCAAGUACUUUUCCAGCUCAGAGUGCACUAUGGCUACAAUAAGGACAGUCCUCUUGUCCUCUCUUCUUUUCUCACGCGGGGACGUUUUGCAGUUGUCAGGUAACUUUUGGCACAUUACAGAUAUUCACUGGGACCCAACCUAUAAACUCACUGACAAUCCUGAGCUUGUGUGCGCUUCCAGUGGUAAACGCCCUGCAUCAAGGGCCGGUAAAUAUGGAGAUUAUCUUUGUGAUGCACCAUGGCAACUUAUCAACUCCUCGAUCUAUGCAAUGAAAAACAUCCUGCCAGAUCCAGAUUUUAUCUUCUGGACCGGAGAUGACACACCACAUGUCCCAAAUGAGGAUUUGAGAGAAGAGGAUGUUCUCUCCAUAAUUGGCAACCUCACCCACAUAAUAAAGCAUGUAUUUCCAAGUACUAAAGUGUACUCCGCUCUGGGGAAUCAUGACUACCAUCCGAAGAGCCAGCUACCUGCAGCCCAGAAUUACAUGUAUGAGCAGAUAACACACCUGUGGCAGAGCUGGUUGGAACCAGAGUCUCAAACAACCUUCCGCACAGGAGGAUAUUAUACAGAGAAGCUGCUGAACCGACCAGGUUACAGGGUAGUGGUCCUAAACACCAACCUGUAUUAUGACCAAAACAAGGUCACAGAAGAAAUGGACGAUCCAGCCGGCCAAUUCAACUGGAUGGACCAAGUUCUUAUAAAAGCUGCUAAUGACCACGAAAAGGUCUACAUCACUGGUCAUGUUCCACCAGGAUUCUUUGAGAAGAAGCGCAGUAAGGCUUGGUUUCGAUCCCACUUCAACAAACGCUACCUAGACUUAAUCCAGAAGCAUCACAACAUCAUAAUUGGGCAGUUUUUCGGUCAUCAUCACACGGACAGCUUCCGGAUGUUCUACAGCUCCGGAGAUGGUUCCCCCAUUAGUACCAUGUUCUUGACACCUGGGGUCACUCCCUGGAAGACGACCCUGCCUGGGGUCAUAGAUGGAGCCAACAACCCUGGGAUACGCAUCUUUGAAUAUGACACCCAAACCCUUCUCGUCAAAGACUUUGUGACCUUCUAUCUGAACCUGACUCAUGCCAACAAGGCUAAGGCACGUUGGGAGAAAGAGUACCGCCUCACGGAGAGCUUCCGAGUGCCGGAUGCCUCCCCAGCCUCCAUGCACCACGUCCUAAAGCGCAUGGCAGACAACCACCGCUACCUACAGAAGUAUUACGAGUUCAACUCAGUGAAUUAUGACCUGACUGAGUGUGACAAUGACUGCCGUAUCGACCAUGUGUGUGCUGCUAUGGAGGUAGACUUUCAGAGGUAUGACUCCUGUGUGAACAACAAGGGGCCCAUGUUAACCAACAAUGCCUGGUCACCGGUUCUCUGUCUGGCAGUCAGCGUGGUCUGGGCAAACUGUUAGCUCUGUACUUCAGAGACAAGGAGCCCCAGACAUCAUUGUCUUCCAGGGAACAAAAGACUAUAAGACCGAAACGCUGUUUUCGGCCAACUGCGUUUUUCUUCCAAAGGUUGCCAAACAUGUUUAGCUAUUUUCAAUUAUUUAAUCAGUUAUAUUAAUUUAAGCAUGUUUAACUUCAUUUCUGUCCAAAUGUCUAAUUUUCCAAUUAUAUGAUUGACAUUUGUUUUAACAACAGUGGUGCAUGCUCCAA